AACGGGCCGUCAUGGCACCGUUAAAAAAUGCACUACGUGGCACCCAGAAAUUGACGUGGCACAUGCGCCGUUUUCUUAUUCGUUAGGUUCAGUAAUGGGGGACCCAAGUGGAGCUAUUAUAUGGUUCAAUUAUGGUGGGCGUUUUGCACAGGGACCACCAUUUAGAUAUGUAGGGGGUGUACAAGAGGAUGUUCUAUGUGAUACGGAUAGGUUGAAUUCAUUUAUGAUUACUGACUAUGUUGUUAGACAAGGUUAUGAUCGAGUUUCAAUUAAAGACAUUUACUAUAUGCAACCUUGGAUGGAUAUGCCAGAUGGAUUAGUUUCUUGUAAUUCAGACAGUGCAAUUAGGGAGAUGAAUGAUAUAAUUUCAUAUGCUGGCAAUGUGGAGUUGUAUGUAGACCAUGACAUCAAUAUACCCGAGAUUGUUGAGGGUCCACUAUUGCUCACAGGGGAUGUUUCCAAAGAUGAGGGUGACAAUAGUGGUAGUGAAGUUUCUGUGCAUGGGGAUGAGGGUAAUUUAGGAAGUGAAAAAAGUAGUGAUGUCGAAAGUGGUAGUAAUGAUGUGUCAGUUAUUGACUGGGAGACAAGUUCAGAUGAUAGUGCAUGGUCAUUGGGGAGUGACAAAACUGAUGAUAAGCAAGUCAAUAUUGCUAAGUUGGCUCAAGAGGUUAGGAAGAGAAGGAGAAAUGCCACAAGAAGUAGUAGAAAGAAGUCUAAGGCAGCUAUGCAAACUGCAACUAGGAAUGAGCAAGAAGAUGAUCAUGUUGAAGAACCUGUAGUAACUCAAGAGCAACAACAGCAACCUGUAGUCACAGCUGAUCAAGCUACUGUCCAAGAAGUUACUGUGACAGAUGCUGCUGGUAUAGAAGAAACUGCAACAUGCAGUAGAGGUAGAAAAAGGAAAUCUGUUGCUCAGCAUCAAGUCAGACGAGGUGGUGGGGAUAGGGUGAGAAGAGGUGAUCCAAUUGACAGCACGCAGCAAUUGCUUGUUAGUGAUGACAAUGGUUCCUCUACAGAUGAAGAAGACAGGGAGUCUGAUUAUGCAAACAGUGAUGAUCCUGGUGCUUGGGAAUUUCAUUGGAAUUCAGAUGAUGAGGAUGACAUCUUUGUGCAACCAAAUCAUGUUGUUAGCAGAAAUGUCUGUCAAACCUAUUAUAACCCAAAAUGGAAGGUCCCAUAUUUUGAUAUUGGGAUGAGGUUCAAAGAUGCAAAGCAAUUCAAAACGGCAGUUUGUAAAUACUCCAUACAAAAGCAAGCUCAACUACGAAAGGUCAGAAAUGAACGUACUAAGGUGAGGUUUAUAUGCCAAACAGGGUGCAAAUGGGAGUUGUUUGCAUCUUAUGACAGCAGAUAUGAGUGUUUUGUGGUGAAGACAUACUAUGGGGAGCAUAGAUGCUUCAAAUCUUAUGACAAUGAGCUUGUAACUUACAAGGUUGUAGCAGAUCUUUUUAAAGGAAGGAUUUAUGAAGCACCAUUUACAAAGCCAGCCAAGAUUGUUAAGUGGUGCAAGACUGAAAUUAAAGUGAACAUCACACUUGACAAGGCAGAAAAGGCAAAGAAGUAUGUUAUGACACAACUAGAGGGUAGCUAUGUUGAUGAAUACAAAUACUUGAAGAGCUACGCCAAAAUAUUGAGGGAUAGCCAUCCAAAGAAUACUGUUGUUGUCACUGGCAUUGAAACAAGUUCUAGUGAUACUAGAACUUUCCAUAGAAUGUAUGUCUGUCUGCAUUCCCUAAAGCAAGGUUGGAAGGUUGGGUGCAGAAGGUUCUUUGGUGUUGAUGGCUGUUUGUUGAAGGGAAUAUGUAAGGGAAUUCUGCUACCUAUAGUUGGGAAGGAUGGGAACAACCAGAUGUUUCCAAUUGCUUGGGCAAUAGUGGAGUCUGAAUCUCUUGAGUCAUGGCAGUGGUUCUUUGAACUACUGAAAACUGAUUUAGAUCUUGGCAUUGGUGCAGGCGUAACAGUUAUGUCAAAUGAACAUCAGGCUAUAUUAUCAACUAUAAAGUUAAUAUUACCCAAGGCUGAGCAUAGGCAUUGUGCAAGGCAUAUUUAUUGCAAUUGGGCAAAGUUGGGUCAUAGAGGUGAUGAGAUGAAGAUUUGCUUCUGGAAUUGUGCAAAGGCAACAUUUCAGGAUGAUUUCACUGAUAAGUUAGGUGAUUUGUUUGCAAAGAAUAGGCAAGGACAUGAUGACUUGUUAGGGUACCCUAAAGAGCAUUGGUGCAAAGCAUUUAUCCAGGAUAAUUGUAAAUGUGAUUCAAUUGACAACAACAUUUCUGAAACUUUCAACUCUUGGAUACUAGGGGCAAGGUGUGAUGACAUUGCUCCUAGAAUUAGAAAAAAGCUUGAGGAACUGAAGGCAGAGUCACAAGGAUGUGGUGUGCAGCCAAAUGGGGUUAAUGAGUUUGAGGUCAAUGAUGGUGGGAAUCAGCAUGUUCUGAAAUUUGAUGACAAAACUUGCACAUGUAGAUACUGGCAACUCUUGGGGGUUCCUUGCCCUCAUGCUUUGGCUUGCAUAAGGUACAAAAGGUGGAGAGUAGAGCACUACAUUUCAGAUUUCUAUAAGAAAGAAAAAUAUUUGGCUGCCUAUGCAUACCCUCUUCAAUGCAUAAGGAAAGGGACAAAAGCAUGGAAAGCUGUGGGUGAAGAAGAGUUGUUACCACCACCUGUUAGGAGCAUGCCAGAGAGGCCGAGGAGAAAGAGAAGAAGACAUAAAGGUGAACCACAAAAGAUGAAGAAAGGGAAGCUUAGGAAGCUCACUGGAAAAGGGAGACAAAUGACAUGCAAGGUGUGUGGCAAUGAAGGGCACAAUCGGAGAACAUGCCCAUAUAACAAUGAAGAAGGUAGAAAUGAGAGUGCAAGUGCAAGAGUGAAAAUCACUGGUGUAAACAAGAGAAAGAAACAGAGAGGUGAAAGUGCCUCAACCUCAGGUAGCAAGAGAAAGAAGGCGAGGAUCCCUACAGCCAUAGGGACCUUUAUUGGUGUUGAUGAUGCUGUUGCCAGUAGUGUGCCUGCAAGACCUACCACAACAGAAGGCAAUGAGAAGGCUUAAAUAUUGCUUUUUAAAUGGAGAUGUUUUGUUAGUUACUUUUGUCUUUUUUGAAUAGUGGUCAUCUAGGGCUUUGGUUUAUUCAAAUUGUGACCAAAUAGGUUAAACCAAUGUCAUGUCCUUAUCUAUAUAGCUUGUAAAGGUCAUGACCAAAAACAACAGUAUAUAUGGUCAUAUAGAUUCACCAUUUUCAAUAUUUUGUAACAGUAAAUUACAAAAACAACA